AUGUCGACACUUGCCAACACGGAUCCACAUAAGUGGAACCUAGAACUCCUAGACAUUAUAAUUCUGCACCCUUCAUGUGGGGAGCAAAGCAUAUUCCUCAACGUCCUCACGCCUGCCAACGCGGCUCCCGACUCUGAGUGUCUACUACCGGUCAAGGUUUGGAUCCAUGGCGGGGGCAAUGCAGCGGACAGCGCCUCCAACCCGUUGUACAACGGGUGUUACCUAGCACUGGAUGCUAUCGUGGUCAUGAUAAACUACGCCCUUGACCCGUUAGGGUAUCUUGCGCUCAAACCAGCGGGUCUCUUCGGGAAUUAUGGAAUUCAAGACCAGCUGCUUGCACUACAGUGGAUUCAACGAAACAUUGCCGCGUUCGUGUUAUCAUGGAAUCUGGCGGGGGAGGAGAUCUACCCUCCAUAUCUCAAGUCCCGGAUUGUGGAGGCCUGGGGCUGUGAUGCUGCUAAUAUCGGUUGUAUCCGGAGUUUGAAUGUGACGGUUAUGAAUAACACACUGGACCGGAAUCUCAUGGUCGCCUUUUAUCGAAGGCAAAACGGUCCCAGCGCAACCCGUCAGAUAGGUACGCAAGUGUCUGCUAUCAUCAGCACCAAUGAAAAUGAAGGGACAAUCUUCUGGCUGUCAUCUGGAGUAUCGUUCGCUGCCUUCAAUGAGGAGAUGUACGACACGUUUAUCGACUACAACUUCGGACCCUGUAACGGUAGCGUCAAAGCACGAUAUCCCGUGUCCCGGUGCCCUACAUAUCGGGCCCUAAAGGGUGCAGUGAAUAAGAAUAUCCCGGCGUUCUCGUAUCGACUCAACCAUACACCGAAUUGUGCAUGGCUUCCAGGCUUCCCUCAGCAUAGGAAGUUUCUCGACGCAUUGGGAUACACCCAUCUGUCUGAGCUUCCCUUCGUAUUUGGGAUCAAGGAUCGUCUCCCACCGACAAAUGGAAAUUGCUCAUCCACGCCACAGGAAGUGGGCAUAAGCGAUUUUAUGGUAAAUGCAUGGAUGUCCAUGGCAAGGCGACAAGAAUUAGGACCAUCAAAUGUCUGGCCGGCUUGGAGCAUGGAGAAGAGCAACGGGGUGAUUUUUGGCGCUCUUCCAUCAGUGGGAUAUCAAGACUACAUGACUUGUGACUUUUGGAACCCCAUCACAGCUAGUAUAUUUGAGCUCGUUCAGACUGAGGUUUCCUAG